AUGACCCAGAAGAUCAUUUCUCCGUCAACUUCAGUGACGCAGGCUGCUUCAACGGCAUCCACAGGAUACGAUUACACAAUUGGCCCGCAACAGACACUCCCUAAUGAACAGCCACCACCAGUUUUAGCUUCAAGGUUAUACAAUGAGUCUCUGCAUGCCAAGGCUCGCAAGGCGCAAGUAUCACUCUCAGCAUUCGCAUUCCUGUUUCAAGAGAUGAUCUCACAAACUAGAAAGUCUAGUAAGUCGGUUGCAGAAAUCGAAUCAAAGCUACGUGGUCUCGGAUAUCCCAUCGGAAUUCGCUUACUAGAGCUCCUGAACUUCAGAAGCAGCUUAACGCCUGGAUCGCGAGCAUUCUUCAACAAAGCUUCAUCAAUGAGUGGAUCAGCUCAAGGUAGCAACGGAGUGUCUACACAACAGGAAGAUUCUCUCGCGAGCACGAUCACCACGAUGAAGCGACGCGAUCUCAGAGUUUUGGAUAUCUUACAAUUUAUCCAUGGGACUGUAUGGCAAUAUCUAUUUGAUCAUGUCAGUGAUGACCUGGUGAAGUCAUCUGAACGUGAAAACGAAUACAUGAUCAUUGACAACUUACCACUUUUAACGCAAUUCAUUGGAAACAACAAUGUUCAAUGUGACUCUUUCGUAUGUGGGAUCAUUGAAGGCAUUCUGGAUAGUGCAUGUUUUCCCUGUAGCGUUACAGCACAUUGCAUGCCUGAGGAUAAGUUCGAUCGAAGAGUGGUUUAUUUGAUCAAGUUUGAUAAAGAUGUCUUAGAAAGAGAGGCGCUACGUUUUUAG